AUGAAAACUGUGUUUCGAAUAUUUUGGCUCUGCUUUCUUUCACAAAUACUAGGUAAAAUUCAUGUAGAGGUAAGCGGUAACGUGUAAGUUCAUUAUUGUUCAAACAGCCGCUAACAAUUAACACAGGCUAAGCUAUAUAUGCUUUUGAUUCAGAGGCCUAUCUUUAAUCGGAAAACUUCAGCUGGUGAAAGAAUGAGAUUAUUUCAUCGUUUUGGAAAGAAGUGAACUCCCGAUUUCUGCAAAUCGUGAAUUUUGCGGUUUGGGUCUUCAUUUAUUGACAUGAUCCUUUAUUGACAUGAUCCCUGAUGAUUAACCAUCGCCAGUUGCUUGAAUUAUUUCGUACCAGUAAUACGGUUAAUUUCCCCACCGAAAAAUGUUUCUUAUUAAAGUAAUUUUUUUUCAGCGUUCGGGUAUCUUUCCAGUAAAUCCUAAAAGUUUUGGAAUCCAAUUCUGUAAGUAGCUACAAAACUGAUCAUGGCCUUACUUACACAAAACGUUGAGUGACUCUGUUUCGUUUGCAAUCCAUUUGAAAUGAGAGAAGAUUUAUCGCGAUCAUGUGAUGUGUUUUCGUCACGAUGUAUCUUAUUUCUCUUCAGACAUAACACUUGCCAACGAUGCGAAGAAAACGCUCACAAUAACCCCGAAAAAACCGAGAUGUUGUUGGCAAGUUGACAAAAACGACCUAGAUUGUAAGGUUGGAAUAUUUUUAUAAAACCUCUGAGAGAACCGUUUCUUUGAUGAAUGAUAUGAGACAACUUCAAAUAUCUGUGAACUAUUUAAAAUUUUUUUUAUCAGUCCAUGGAGCUUAUAGGUGGCAAUGAAAUACAGCUUCCAUCACUGAAACGCGAAAAUAUCUCGUAUGUAUUUCCAAACAAAGUAAGUUCCUCGCUGAUGAAUGUUUACUUGUUUACUUGUUUUUUCUUAUUCACACAGAAGGAUCAAAAAUCGAUUUUACAAAUAAUUUAAUGUAGAGGUACAUCAAUCAGGUGUUGUGUAGCUUGGUGAUAAGGAACACAAAGCACCACACAAACACACAAAAUUAUCCAUGAACCCUUUGACUCCCACGAGUGACCAAGACAGAAUUUCUCCUUACUAUACCAAUACAAUAUUAAACGGGUAAGUGAUAAGGAUAAAGAAAAAUAUAUACUAGAAAAUUAUUAGUUGAUCCAAUACCAAAUUCUUAGAACUAACAUCAUAAGAAUUAUGUGACAGAUAGCAAAGAGAAUCGCUAAUGAGAUCUUGGGAAUGAAAGGGUCAGGCAAGACUUCACUCAAUUUUUUGAUAUGUUUAUUGGUUGAGAGUCUGCCCUAGGUUGACUUGAAUUUUGUUGUUUUGACGUAAGUUAUUGGCUUGGAAUCGACCUCCCAAUCAGAGAAAAUUAGCUCUUUUAAGCCUUGUUCAGUAUUUUAAGUGCCUUUAGAAGCAAUGCUUGAUAAUAAAGUCACUGGAGAUGGGAAGGUAACAAUAAGCUCUACUGAAAUAUCUGAAGAAACUGCCCUGUACAAUGUGAUGAAUACUGCCCUGUCUCACAACAGUACCCAAUGGACAGAAUUGGAAAUUGUGACUUUACCUUCAUGGCUGGGGAGAAACAGCUUCGACACAGAGUCAGAUUUAAUACCACAGAACCAAAGAAAAAAUCUUGGUUAGAUGGUAAAUCUCUUCCUGAUUUAUUCAUAUGGUUAGAGUGAAACAGAAUUUGAGUUAUUUGUUACCUAGAAUCAUGUUGGAUAGAGCUCUUGUUUGAGUUUAGGUCUCCAAGGAAAAACUUUAUGUUGACAUUUUCCUGAAGUUCCUGUGUUAAACUCAGGGUCAUAUAUUUCCCAAAAAUUUGGAUAUCAGCAUCAAUUUGUAGUCAUUGUUUAACACUAUUCCACAUUUGCCCUUUACCCAUCAGUAAGUUGGUUAGUAAAUAAAAUGAGUUACAGGUCCUCAAAUAUGUUACAAAAUAAGUUACAGUUCCCAACCAGUCACUGAACAAUCACAGCAGAACGAAUAAAAAACAUUCAAUUAAUUGAAAAAUAGUUCACCUAAAAUAGCAACACUCUAGCUGUAUAGUGUUUUCAGACUCGGAAACCUUGUGUUUCAGGCAAAGAGGGAAGUAAAUAAGAAGUAUCAGAUAAGUGAAAGAGAGUGCUUUUUUUCUUUACAGUUAUCGGGUUUGGAGGUGACAGUUUCAGAAAAUGCCGAGGAGUUGAUAGGGUUAGUUUACAAGGAUGUCCAGAUUUUGCUAGUUGUGAAAUAUAUAGUUUAGAAGCGCGUCCACUGAAAAUACGAAUCGAAAAAUUUACCUAUGGUCUCACUUAUCUUUCUUCCAUGGUUAAUGUAGGUCCAACGAAAAAGAUGAAAAAAACUCCCAUUUACUAAAAAUGUAUUAAUGUGUUUUACGACACACGUGAUUAGUACAUUUCGAUAAAGUAUUCCCUUUGUUGGACUCUUCUUUUGUUAUGUUUCUUCAUUACUUGCUUUCACGCUCUUUUGAAUUUUUCUACAGCCGUCCUUGUCGAUGACCGUCGAAAAAGUUCAAAAAGCGGAAAUUAAAUGAACAGGUCUUGUCAAUUUCUCUUCCUCCGGUACUAUUAAAUCCACCGAAAUGACCGUACAGUUCUAAUGAUGGACUUUUUCUUGAUGCUUUUUGAGUACGCAAUGAGAAGAGGGAGGAUUUAGCAGAAUCUAGUCACCUUAAUAGGAAUAAGACCGUCUGAAACCUGCUGAUUUAGAGGAUAAUUCCUAACAUCGUGAUGAUUUUUGUUACCAGGACCCCAGGAAAAAUUGUGAGCCUGUGGACUGCGUUGAGAAGUACAAUGGAUGGAGAAAUUUCUUCAAAAACUCGACAGGAAAGUGUGAAGUUAUUCAUGAGUGCUACACAAAGGGCAAGGAAGGAGAGCUACCUGAAAUUGUAAGUGCGUCAUUUAUGCAGUAUUGCAGAGGAAAGGCGCAGUCCUUAAAUCGUGCGAAAAACUAAAACUAAAACUAGAAAACAUUGGGAAACUUUUCCAUCGCGUCGAGCCCACGACCACUCGCCCGGGUUGUUUAACGCAUUUUGGGGAGGAUUUAAGGGCGACUUAAAAGAAAGCGUGGCAUAAUUUGCUUGAUAUUGUUUACGUUGCAACAGGCAUUUGACAAAGACUAUAACGACUGCAAAAGUCUGGUAAGCCCUACGCUGACCAAAAAGCAGAAAAAGCAGAUCUAUGACAACAUGGAGAGAAGCAAACUGGCGAAAUUGAAGUUUACCUUAGAGGAUAUCAAAGAAAUAAACCCGGUGAGCUGAAAAUUUUAAUUUUCUCAGAAUGUCCAGUAUAUUUGAACCCCUUUGUCUCACAAAGUAAUCAGAGCGGUUGUUAAAGAAAAACGGUCAACGAAACAAUGUCAACAACCUCGAGUGCAGAAAAACGCAGAGAAGCAAGUCCUGAUGAUCGGUUUGGUUUAUGCAUGCAUGAUUUCUUAAGAGGAUGGCGGGAUGACACGGAUAACCGACUCGCGAUUGGUUGAGAGGCUAGCGCAAAAUUUUUGGACCAAUCACAUAGCGUAUUAAAAAAAGAAACCAAUGCAGUCUGACCCGCAAUCGAAAAUUACUCUAUCAAGGAGAUAAUGACUGGAUAUGGCCCUCACCGACAACAGGGCGUAGUCUGAUCUUGAAGCCUUAAACCCAUGUGUUUCCAAGACACUUUACUGAGUAUUCUGUUUCCGAUUUAUCCUCCGAACUUAACUUCAAGACACGAGACAAUCUAUCAAAAUGAUAGUGUUUGUUUGAUUCACAGGUGCCACUCAACUGUCAUCACGGCCGGCGCGUUGGUUCGGUUUGUGUUUGCAACGAAGGCUGGAAGACAAAAACUAACAAUGUGCCAAAGAAAGACUUGCGGUAUAUCUACGACUGGUGUAAUGUAAAGAUCGAGAAAUCAAAGAGGGCUUAUCAAAGAGCCCUCAUGCAAGCUGUAUCCUUCACCUUAAAACACUUCAUUUCGACGGAAUUUCUCACGACAUUAUUGUAAAAAUCAUCCAGAUGGAGAGGAAAUACUCAAAAUCUAACAUAACAUUAGUUCGAUACAGCGAAGGCCCGAUUCACUUUCACUUAAUCUGUGAGUUAGUCGAUACAAUUUGUCAAAUUUAAGGGCCUGAUUAUUUCGGAGAAUUAAUCGUUACCUAGAAUCAAACUGACUCCAAGAUCAAUUUUCACAGAAAUUAAUUGUUAAUGCCUGCCUCCGAGACGAGAUGAAGUAAUCUUAUCAUCUCCUCUUCACUGAGUAGAACUGGUUUCUUAACUGACCAAUCAGGGUUUGGGGGUGAUGGGUUUCACCCUUCUGAUUGGCUGGCUGCUGAUAAUAUGGAGUUGUUUCAUUGCCGGAACUGGAAGUGAAGGGCGCGUGAGUCAAACGUUCAAAACACUUUGUAAGUAUUGCAAUAGACGCAUACUCCUCUAAAAGAUAAGGGACUGACACCCUCAUAAAGCAAUUUUCAAUCGGGUGUCCAAAGUAAUCCGAAAUUGCAUUGAGUUUGCUUCACUUCUUUGAACGAUUGGCCUUAAAAAUUUGAGAUAAUCUCUCACCUUCCCUAUCCCGCGCUCGAGGCAGUUUCCUGAUUUCUUCUUCGGGUUUCCAUCGGCUCCUUACGCUAAUUUUCUUUCUUCUAAUUGGUUGUUAUGAUUACUUUUAGUUUGGUUCCACGACUCGCAAUUGAAAUGAGAUAUCUAGGUAGUAUUCCUAAGGCGUUAUCUUCAAGCUUUAAGAGAAAUUUUCAAUUGUGUCCAAAGUAAUCCAAGAUUUCAUUGGUUUUGUUCCACUUCGCUCUGAUUGUUCAAGGAAACUCGCGCCACUCUCUCAACCAAUCAGAUGCAAUACUUUUUGUCUUCAGUGUCUAGUUCUUAUUGCCUCUUUGAAGUAUUUUUCCUGUCUUCUGAUUGGCCGUUAUUACUUUGUUGUAGGCUCUCUAGAGCUCACAGUAUCUACGGGACUAAAAUUAGCGACACGGGAUCUGUUACUUCAGGCUCACUCGAACAUCUCGUAACCCACAGUGAUCUGGAAAUAACUUGUGUCACAGGGCAUCUUAGAGGCCCAGUCUCAAAGCUUUACUCUCUGCAGUUGAGCAAACAAAUUCCCAUUCGUCAUAAUUAUUUCCUUGUUUUUCAGGGAUCACUGUCGAAAGAUUCUGGCGACGGAAUUCUCAUGGCUACAUACAUACAUCUUAUGAGCCAACCAAUGACAACGAGCUUUGUUUAGCAAAGGGACAGAUCGUGCAAGAUAUUGUUAGAGUCGACGACAAGGAGGGGUGGUACGAGGUAAAAAUUGGACAAACUGAAAUGUUAUCAAGUGCACCUUGCAUUUACCUCCACCCAAGAGGUCUAGAAAUUCCCAUCAUAAGCUCCCACACUGCAACAAAUCGUUCCAUGUCAGAUCAGCAUAGGCUGAUUCAGCCAAUGUCAGAAAUCUGGAGGCACUUUGAUAAAGGAAAGAAUCCGUCGGUCCGAGCAAGUUAUAAGCUUAAAUUUCCUUCCCAAAGUUACAUUUUGACACUGGCAUCCUAUCACACGCGAUCAAUGCCUAUUCUCGUCUUUCUUUUUUCGUCGCCCACUAAGGAAAGAUGCAAGCAAGCGGUAGAGAAUUGCAAGGUUUUGUACGACAAUUUUUUCUCUCGCUAACCAAUUUUUUUUCCAGCUUCAUUAAAAUCAAGAAAGAGUAGUUGUAAACGCGUGUUCGUGUCCAGAAGGCAUGGAAUUUCAUUUUGAAAGAAAGAAGACCAGAAUGUCGGUGACUCGAGGAAUGUCAUCCAAAAUUUCGCAUAACUAGGGCGCGCAAAACCCUUCUUUAACAGCACCAACAAUAAUUCUUUUACACAAACUAUCUUAAUUUCUUCGUAGGGCACGUGUAACGGAGUGAGGGGACUUUUCCACCAAGACUAUGUCAUUAUCAAAACAAGUGAAUCCAAGAAGAUCCCGAAUUCGGCGCAAGAUUAA